GGGUCGUUGCGGCCGCGCGGCGUUCCCUGUUUCGCCCGGGAGGUGGCGCUGACGGUCGCGGUGUGCGGGGCCCUGUCUGUGAUGCUAGUAGCGAGGGUUGGGUUUGGCGCGGCUGAUGGGGAAACUUGCUGAAAUGCGUAAAGAGGAGUGAAGCGAGGGGGCUGCGUGCUGCCCUGAGGCUUUGCUGCUGGUGGGUGAUGUUACCCUGUGCUCUGAUCUCCACACGGAGUUGUUGUCACGGUGUCUCAUAGGACGGUGAAGGGGAAAACAGCGCUGUGUAAAUGUGUUUUCUAUUGAAAACAGCGAUGCUGCCAAGUUAAGAGGGGGACAUGGCUGUAAGAGCAUGUGGCUUGAUAAUCUACAGAAGACUGCAGCCAUCGCCAUCUUCUAAGGCUGCUGACAGUAUUGAAUACCUCCUCCUCCAGACAUCUUAUGGGACCCAUCACUGGACCCCCCCCAAAGGCCAUGUGGAUCCAGGAGAGGAUGACUUGCAGACAGCCUUCAGGGAAACACAGGAAGAGGCAGGUCUUCAGGCCAGUCAGCUCACUCUUGUAGAAGGGUACAGGAAGGAACUGCACUAUCCUGUCCAUGGCAAACCCAAGACUGUUGUUUACUGGCUGGCAGAGGUGAAGGAUUGUAACACAGAAAUUAAGCUCUCGGAGGAGCACCAGGCUUUCCGCUGGCUGAAGCUGGAGGAUGCUUGCAAAUUUGCAGAAUAUGAGGAUAUGCAAGCAACUCUGAAAGAUGUGCAUCAGUUUCUCAGCUCUGAUAAAUAAAUGCUUUUGUGAAGAGCAAGAAGAAUUUUUGGAGAAGCAGCCUGAUAUAUAUAUUUUUAAACUUAAUUUUAUUUUUUAGCCAAUAGAAGUACUAUGUGGCUGCAGAAAUAUACUUUGUCUUCUAAACCUCUACAAAGUCAGUAAUAGAUACUUGGGGCUUUUAACGAACUUUGUCUCCCAUAGCUGAUGUAAAAAUAAUGUGGUCUGACUGAACUGUAAGAUGAAGAGGUGUCUGAGUUGAAACCUUGAGCUAACAAAGUCUCUCUGUGUUCCUCUCCAUUUUUUUUUCUUAAAGUGCUGAAUAAUUGUGUCUAUUUUUUAAAAUCAAGCACUUGAUGUUUCUUGACUUGCUGAUAUAGAUCUGUAGUGUUGUAAAAAUGAGCAUAUGGAGAUUUUUUAAUAAUAAAAUGUGUAUUGCAGAAGUCGCAUCUUGCAUUUAAAAUAGGGCAGCAGUAGUUCUGUUCCCAAUUCCUCUGCUGAUAUGCUGUGAUAACUUGUCAAAUCAUUUCAGGUCUUGUUUGUUUGUAUCAUGAAUUUAUGUACAUGGCUAUUAUUCUGUUAUGAAAAUAGUUGCUAUCCAAGGAAUCUCAGUAAACUGUUGACAUACAGUA